AUGCGACAGCAGGUGUUCGACAUAUACCCGCAGCCAAUAACAUUAUGUCAAGCCCGUUUAGAUAUUCCUUUUGGAACUCAUCAUUCAAAGAUGAUGUUUCUUCUCUAUGACAAUGGUAUGAGGGUUGUUAUUCACACUGCUAACCUUAUUCCUGGAGAUUGGUACCAGAAGACUCAGGGGGUUUGGGUCAGUCCAUUAUUUCCAAAGCUCCGUGGUGGCGCCAACAAGAAUGAUGGACAGUCACCAACAGCUUUCAAGAGAGACCUUAUUCAGUAUGUUGCUGCAUAUCGCAAUCCCAGUCUGGCUACAUGGGAGAAACAUCUUCUAGAACAUGACAUGUCUAGUGCCAAAGUAUAUUUAAUUGCUUCUGUACCUGGCAGACAUUCAAUGCUCCAGAAAAACGCUUGGGGUCAUCUGAAGUUAAGAAAGAUUUUAUUAGAAAAUGGUCCUGAUAAACUAGAAGUUGGUUCUUGGCCUGUUGUUUGUCAGUUCUCUAGUAUUGGUUCACUCGGGCCUACUGCAGAUAAAUGGUUGUGUGGAGAAUUUCACCAGAGUUUGGCUGCCUGUCGUGCCAGUAUAUAUUCCACAUUGACACCUGAUAAACUGAAAUUGAUCUUCCCUAGUGUGGAAAAUGUUCGGAUCAGUCUUGAAGGUUAUCCAGCUGGCACUUGUCUUCCAUAUAGUAUACAAACAGCUUCCAAACAGCCGUACUUGUUGAAAUUCUUACAUCAGUGGAAAUCUGAAGGCCGUGGUCGUACCAGAGCUUGUCCCCACAUAAAAACAUACAUGCGACCAUCCCCAGACUAUUCUCUCGCCUCCUGGUUUAUGGUUACAAGUGCUAAUUUGUCCAAAGCAGCUUGGGGUGUACUGGAGAAGGAUGGAUCACAGGUCAUGAUACGUUCAUACGAAAUUGGAGUCCUUUUCUUACCAAAUGUUUUUGACAUGAAGCGGCUUAAGUUGACCAACGAUGUAAAUGAAGGAUUGUCCUCUGAAAAACCGAGUUUUGUUCUCCCAUAUGAUAUUCCAUUGAAACCAUACAAGAAAGAUGAUGAGCCAUGGGUUUAUGAUAUUGCACAUAAAGAGCUUCCUGAUUGCAAUGGUAUGAUGUGGUGUCCAUCCCUCUUAUAGUACACCAACCAAUUUCCAUCCUAUACUUUUUUUCUUGUCAAGAAGACAAGGUCUGGCUGAUUGACCAACUAACUUGAGAAUUUAAUUUCAUCUCACUAAUACUGCUAACAUGACCACCACCACUAUCACCAAAUCACAAAAAAAAAAAACCUACAACAACAAUAAUAAUGAAAAAAAUGGUGUCCUCUGGAGUAAUCUUACUUUGCUUCCUUCAGUGGCACUUUCGCAAAUUAUGCUACUGUAAUCUACCUGAAGAGAUUAUUCCACAAAUCCUUACUCUUAAGAAACACCUGAAAUUCACACCCAAAGCACAUAAGACAGGGGGAAACAUUUGGAGGGUAGAGAAUGCUGCAAACAUUAUUUGAAAUAAAGAGUAAAAUAAAACCAUAUUAAUUUUAAAUAUGAUAAUAAUUAUAAUAAUAA